AUGUCAAUAAGUAUGAGCAGAAAUUACGUGAAGGAGAGUUUGCGUUGCGUCGAAUUACUAAAUUCUUGGAUUCAGCUGACCAUGGUGAGUUGCCGAUUUGGAAAUUAUUUCGAGAUUUCGGGCGCGUCGCUCGAGUGCCGGCGCCACAGCCACGGCUGGGCUGUCGUGGUGCUGAGCGCAGCCGCGCUGGCGACGGCGGCCGCGAGAAGCCAGAUCGGGCCACUGACCUCGGAGGAGAGGCCUUCGACGAGCUACAACAACCUGGCUGGACCUAGUUCCUUCUACUACAGAGGUACGAGGUCUCUAGGGCAUGCGGCGCAGAAGGAGCGACAGGAAACCCCGCCGUCUGAGUCCCAGCAGAGUCCCGAGUCCGCGGAGCGAGAGAGAUCGCCCGAGACUCCUUCGGCGCAAGUCAGCCCGAAGGACUCGAGCGACGAAGGAGGAAACUCGAGUCGGGUCGAGUCCAACGCCAUCGCGACGGAGUACGAGUCGGUUCGAGAGCCGAAGUUCGUCGGGAGGUUCAAGGACUGGUACCGCGGGAGGGAAAAGGAGAAGGACAAGGACAAGGAGAGGGAGAUCGUGGUGAUUGCCACGGGCCCGGCGCCCCACGCCCACUACCCCCCUGCCCACCACCACGUGCCCGUCCUCAUCGGGUCUGUGACUCACGCGCACGAGCACCCUGUGGUUGUCACUCGCCCCGUCACACAGUACGUCACGGUCCCUCAACCAGUCGCCGUCACGCACACGGAGACGAUCACGCGCACAACGCCCUCUGUCGUGGUCCAGACGUCCCAUGUGACGUACGUGACGCCAUCUGUUGUGACGGCCUAUGUGACGUCAUCUGCUGUAACUACUUACGUCACUCAGUCUCAAGCACCUACUUACGUGACGUCUGUUACAACAACCUACAUCACACACUCCCUUACACCUACUUACGUGAUGUCAUCCGUUGUAACUGCCUAUGUGACGCAGUCCCAUGCACCUUCUUACGUCACCUCCGUAACAACUACCUACGUGACGCAAACCCAUGCCCCUACUUACGUGACGCCGUCCGUGGUAACGGCUUUCGUGACUCAGACCCACCCCCCUACCCACGUGGUACCCCCCUACAUACCCACCUACGUGACGCCUUCCCAUGUCUUCAUUCAGGAGCCUCACCCCGUCACUGUGAGUGUGAUGCACCCCCACACUCAGCCCACAAUCACCCACACCAUAACGCUACACGAGGAUAACCCCAUCACGCAGACCCACAUCAAGGGGACUUACUCGGGCCAGGGGCAUUUCGAGCUGCAGAAGAGCACGCUGAAGAUGGACGCGCUCAACAUCAAAAAUGAUAAACCGCCCGGCUGCACACACUGCGGUUGACAGCAUAGAAAACGGAAUCGGCGGUUGACAACAUAGAAAAUGGGAUCGACGGCUGACAGCAUAGAAAAUGAAUCGGCGGUUGGCAGCAUAGAAAACGGAAUCGGCGGCUGGCAGCAUAGAAAACGGAAUCGGCGGUUGGCAGCAUAGAAAACGGAAU